AGCGUGGCCAUUUCACAAUCGAAUCGGCAUCUCACCCGCAAAAUGCCGAAGCAGAUUCAUGAGAUCAAGGACUUCCUUCUCACUGCGAGGAGAAAAGAUGCACGCUCCGUGAAGAUCAAGAGGAGCAAGGAUGUGGUUAAGUUCAAGGUCCGUUGCUCCAAGUACCUCUACACACUUUGCGUCUUUGAUGCAGAGAAGGCUGACAAAUUGAAGCAGUCUCUUCCUCCAGGUUUGAGUGUCCAAGACCUGUGAAAACUGGCUGAGGAAAGCAAAUGGGGCUAUUGAGUGUAGUAGCUUGGUAUUGUUUCCUCUCAAGCUGUGUUUCUUUUUAGUUUGAAAUGCAUCAUGGAUGUCUAAGUUUAGGAUGAUACUUUUUUAUUUGGGCUGCUUGUGUUUUAGACUCAGAAUUUUUGUUUUUGUGAUUCAAUGAAGAUUCUAUAUCAUGAUUGGGUUUUGCUUGAUUA